CUACCACCGCCAUGUCGCGUGCCCAGUCUCGCUGGGCCCUCCUCCGCGCCGCGCUCCUCUCUGGCAAGGUCACCUCCCCGACCGCUUUGUCGGCUUCGUCGGCUUCGUCGGUCUCGGUCCGCCGCCACCCUGGCUUUCGCCUCCUCCCCCGCCCGCUUCCGUCGUCUCCGGCUGUCGCUGCCGCUGUUGCCGACGCCCCGCCUGCGCUUGCCGACGGUAACCCGCUUCACGUCUCACUUCCUCGCCGAGGCGAACGCGAUGGUGAGAGUGCUCCUGAUGACAUGGCCGUAGUCUCUGUGUGGGAGGUUCCGCCAAAGGUCUCGGCUACCACGCUGAUGGGCAACAACAAUACCGGCAACAUCUGCAUCUGGCCGUCCGAGGAGGUCCUCGCCCAUAUUCUCCUCACCCGCCACGCCGGCCUUCUCGCCCGCGACUCGUUUCGGGCCAUCGAGCUUGGCGCCGGCAUGACCGGUCUUGCCGGCGUUGUCGUUGCGGCUGCAGCGGCUUCCGACACUGCCGCGGUUGUUGUCACCGACGGCAACCCGACCUCGGUUGAUCUGCUCUCUGCCAAUCUUGCCACCAACCACGGCGUCAGCGUAGCACCCUCCAAGACGCUCGUCGGGGCACUCCUUGAGUGGGACGCUGCCGUAGACUACUCGGCCGAUGUGGCGUUGUGGGGCGGUCGCUUUGAUCUUGUCUUUGCCGCCGACUGCCUCUUCUUCGAAGCUGUCCACUCGGGCCUCAUCCAUGCCAUUGCGUCUCUGCUCAGCGACGCGCCGCAUGCUCGCGCCGUUCUUGUCGCGCCGUCCCGCGGCGGCUCUGCCUCCAGAUUCCUCGACGCGGUUGCCGCCGACGGCCAGCUCACACUCAUCCACGCCACCCUCGACGCCUCCUACGACCCCGAUCUUGCUUCCCAGCACGCCGAGUUCUCCGCUACAGACCCCCGAUACGAGCCUGAUCUCCACUUGCCGCUCCUCAUCGAGCUUGCCCUCACCCCACCACAACAUAGACCGAACGACCACACCGUCAUGACCACACUGGGCUUCUCGAGUGCCCCGCUUGACGCACUCAAUGCUGACUGCCCCUACACCAACAAGCUUGGCGGCCAGCCGGUAUGGCUCCGUCCACCUCCGCCCGAGCUGGUGGAUGGCCUGCUCGCCUGCCCGACCUGCGGGAGCAAGAUGACCCUCAUGGCACAGCUCUACACGCCGCUUCAUACACAUCCGCGUCACCAUCGGGUCCUCUACCUACUGGCAUGCUUGACGCCACCCUGUGCCGCUACAUCUGCCGGCUGGCGUGUCCUCCGCGACCAGCUUGACCUCGACUCGGUGCCGUACCUCGUCCGCGCCGCCUCGGUGCCCAAGGCUGCCCUGGUGGCCUCCGCCGAGGCUGCCGCAGCUGCCGCCGCUGAGGCGUCCGAGGCCGAGGCCAAGGCGCAACCGUCGGCAAGUGUCUCGGCGGCGGCGCUCAUGUUUGGCUCCGACUCGGACUCGGACGACGACUCAGACGACGACUUUGCCGCCCUCCUUGCUGCCCGCGAUGCCGCGGCCUCGUCGGCCUCGUCUUCGGCCGCAGCAACCAAGCAGAAGCACGGCAGUGCGCCACCAGCAGCGUCGUCGGGCAAGUUUGCAGUCAUUGCUGUUGAUGCGCCGCCGGCCUCGAGUGAGGCCACCGUCGGCGAGCUUGUCGACUUUGAUCCCAGCGAGUGGCCGCAGCUAUACCGGCCCGAACGUGGCGCUCCACUGCUGGACGCCGCACUCGACCCGUACGGAGUGACGGCUGCCCCGGAGCCUUCCGGACGUGCUGCCGGCGACAAGGACGUCGACGACGUCGACGGUCUCGCACACCUCAUGGCCGGCGUGUCGCUCGAGGACGCCGGCGGCGCGAGCUGCGACCGUGCGAGUGGACCGGGCGACGACGAUGAGGUCUACGAGUCUGUGGGCGGCGCACUCUUCCGCGCCUACUGCGAGCGAGUCGCGCGUGCGCCGUCGCAGCUGCUGCGGUAUGCGGCCGAGCCGCUGCUUAUCGAGCCGCUUGGCAGCGUGGUCGACACCGAGUCGGACUCGGACGACGAGGGCGAGGCCCCAGCUCGCGCUUCAGCCGCCGUCCCGCCCUGUCGACGGUGCGGCGCGGCGCGUCUCUUUGAGCUCCAGCUCCUCUCCUCCUUUAUCAACGAGUACUCUGACGAGAGCCUCCCGCACGCGCGGGCUAUCCAGUCUAUGGCCUGGGGCACUGCGCUCGUCUUUCCAGAGCACAUCGUGGUGCAGAGCGCAGAGCGGAUCGAGUAA